AUGUCAGUCGUCGAAAUCAAAAUGGAGCAGGUCAUCAACGAUGACGCAGCCGCCAACAGCGCUUGCAGCUGCUUUAUCGAACCUCCCGUUUCACUACCAACACAUAACCCUGAGUCUUCGGCGAGCACGCUUGGUCCAGAUGACAUCGCCGUUCAACCUACGCAGCAAUUCCCGUAUGUCGUAGGCUUCACUGCGACUGCAACGAGACAUCAGCCUCCGGAGCCUUUUGGCCUAGGAUAUGACACUGGAUGCCCUUUGAGUCUACCUCUGAACAACCAGAAAUCUCUAUCAAAGGCGGAGUAUUGCCUUUCACGCCACCUUUGCCCCAGUCGAUCCCUCGAAGAUUUCAAGACGUUGACUAUCACGGCGGUCAUCCGCACCGGUCACAGCCGAGGAGCACAACUCGUAGUCAUCGACAAUGACACGGUCGCCAAAAUCUACGACCCGCUCUACUACAAUGAAGUGAACGAGUAUGGCUUCGAAGAAGAUGUCAUGUUCGAUGCAUUUUCCGACUACAGUCGUGAGGCUGCUGCCUAUAAUCAGUUACAGGAGUCGCCAGCGGCACGCCAAGUCACACCUGCGUUCUACGGAACCUGGACCAUUUCGGUUGAUACUGAGAUUCGAGACGGAGGUGAGCUUCAGAUGCGCACGCGUCAAGUUCCACUAGUCCUCAUGGAAUAUGUACGAGGAGAGACCAUGCGCAAUAUCGAUGCGCGAGCAUUACCAGAGCAGAUGCGGUCUCGCAUUCUCAAGAAAGCCAUAGAUACCGACAUCAUCAUAUUCCAUGCAGGCGUCGAUAACGAAGAUUUCUGCCCCCGAAACAUCAUGGUAGUCGGCCUUCGGCCCAAUCCCAAAGACGAUACACCGGAUGACGUGGCCAUCAAAGCGAUCGAUUUUAAUGUUGCCACUGUCCGUCGUCAUCCAAAGUGUUAUGGCGCUGACAUGGUACGCGAAAUUGACGAGGAACGCAAGGCAUGGCUUCCUAAGCUUCAAUCGCCAAUGAUUCGAUGGUUCAACGGCAUCGAAACAUUCGCGUGGGAUGAUUGGUGCCCCCGUGGAGACGGCAAACCCGAACUGUGGCUGUGGGAGCAGUAUCGUGACGAUGAGCGCUAUAUUCCCGUCGUUUGGGACCCCUCUAAGCCCAGAGUCCGGCCAGAGGUCGUUGAGCUCGAAAGCGGUUCCGAGACAAGCGUGGAUUCAGGUCUGGGUUUGGACAUGGUAGUCGAGAAAGGCGAGGAAGGCGGCAAAGAGAGCAGCGUUGAAGUUGCACAGGUGUCAUAA